CGGUGCUUGCUACUGCUACUUUCUUCAGUGCUGCUACUUUCUUCAGUUGCGUCCUGCGUUUUGGGGUGUUAUGUUACAAAUCGAAACUGGACUUAGGUUCAGCGGUUGUUAUUAUGUAUAAACUGAUUUGCAUAGAUGGUGGCAUCUUGCGCUUUUUGUUGUUUUGCCCGUACUGCAUUUUGCGAUACAUUGAAAAGGGUAAAAAGCCGCAAAAGGUUUGGCUGCCUUUCCCCCCUGUUCCCCGGUUGAAGAGGGAGGGAGGAGGGGCGCAAAACUCACAUGGGCAUAGUGAGAUGGUACACCUGUGGGGACCUGAAUAAAAGUCUGCUUGGCUCUUGGUCUUGGGUCGCAUUAAAGCUCAAAGCGUGGGUACUUUCUCGUUUCCUUGGAGUUAGGGAGAUACUUUUGUGAUAACGAUGUAGUACAACAGUUGGAGUGCCUUGUAUUUGUAGCUUCCGAACUGUAGAUCUGAACUUGGCUAGUAGUAGUAUGUUAUUGCUAAUAUGUCAGUAGUAAUUUCAUACUCCAGAAGCUGAGAUCCAUGCGAAUCUCUCUCCUUGUCUCAUGGAAAAUUGUUCCUUUGAUACUGGUCAGCAAACAUUCUUCUCCUACCUGUACUGGAGCUCAAGGCAUUGCCACUGAAUUGAGUGAAGACCACCUGAUUAAUUGCGGCAGCAGUGAAAAUGUUUUUCCUGAAGAUACUGGAGCUCAAAUCGACGCCAGUGAAUUAAGUGAAAAUGGCCUUGUUGACUGCAGCAGCAAUUCUAUUGAGAUUGUAAACGAAGGCAGUGGAACUGAAUUACUGAUUGCUUGCACUAAUGGAAGUCAAAAUAUUGUGGGACAUCAAGUUGAGCGAGAAGACAGCUUUGAUGAAUACCAGGAUGCAUCUCCGUUUCUUCAUCAAUCUGAUUCUGAAGAUGGCGCUGCACCAAGUUCAGUAUUUUCUACAGAAAUGAAUAAAUUGAAUGCUAUCUCAGCAGGGUCAAGUGUAACUACAAAUGUAAAUUCUCUAGAAACAAAUGGAUUCCUCAAAGAUCAAUUUUCUGGAGAACCCAAUGUGACAGAUUUAUGUGUUGACUCCAUAGUUGGACGUAAUUUGGAGGAAGGAGCUCUUAGAUUGUCUGAACAUGAAUUAAACCUGAAGCUUGGGGGUCCAUAUGAACAAGCUGUGAAUGUUGACUACACUUGCGCAGAUAUGGUUGGUAAAUCUGAUGAAGCAUCUGUUCAUAGUGAGAUGAUUGGUUGUUUGAAUGCUUCAUCCAUUCAGGAAACCUGCCUGGUAAUUUUGGAACCAGAAUCAGAGUCUACAUGCUCGAGAAAGGUGGAAGGUUUUAUGGAAGAUAGAAUGCAUGUUCUUCACACCAUGCCUGAAGCAUCACCAAGAUCAGAAGUAGUGGGAUCAGAUAAUGUUCAGUUGGAAACAAUAACCAACCCUAGCACUAACCCCAUGCCUGGUGAUCUGAAUGUUGUUUGCACUGAUAAUACUGCUACAGAUUGUUCCAUGGAGCCCCCCAGACAGAACUGGAGUGUUGAGGAUGUACCAGAUGGUAAUCAACCUGUUGAGAAUUCUAGCAAGAAAACUUUGAGAUGUCCUGCUGCUGGUUUUCAGGAUGAUCUUCCUGUUACCAAGAUAAAUGAUACUCCUGUUACUAAUGUGGAUGAUGUAGAAUUCACCUUUGAGGAGAGGCCACAGACAGAUACUGUAGAAGAAAAUCUUUCCAUACAUAAGACUAACGGGUUCACUAAAGAGGAAAUCUGCAACAAGCAGUUUGACCCUGAGAUCCCUGCAGAAGAUCAAUUUUCUGUGAGUCAGAAACAUGACACUUUACUAAUGGAUCAAGCAUCUUCUGUCAAGAAUCCAUUUAAUCUAGACGAUGACAGGAAUGACGACUUAUUUGAACUUCCCACUGAGAGCUGCUUUUUGGAGGUACCAAAUGCUGUUGAAUCAAGACAGCAAGUUGACUCUACAUCCGUAAUGGUGGAUGAACCAACAGUCUCUAACCAAACUAGGAUGGCUGAAGUUCAACAAUGCCAUAACUCAACUGAACGCAUAUUAUCUGCAUCAAGUGCCAGUGAAAAUGAAGUAGUUGGUCCAGAAGACAUUCCUGUCAGCAGUAGUUCUGAACUGGUGAACAAGAGUUGCUUGACUGACCAUGGCCUGCAGGAAAAUGGGCAUACAAGUGGUGAUAUUUUUGUGCCAUCUCAGGCAGCCUCCGUGGAGCUUAGCACAAUGUCUAUGCAGGAUAUCAGUGCACUCAGUGAAGUUGAAGAAAUUAUGCAAACUGAAGAUGCUAGUGCAAAGGACAUGACUGCAGUACGUAGCAUUGAUUGUAUUGAAAUGAACCAGGCUAUCAACACUACAGAAAAUGAUACAUAUGCCGCUAAUGUUGAAGAAAAGAAGCUGAUUGAAGGCACCGCUGCAGGGAUGAAUGAGGUGCGACAGACAGAUUAUGUUGAAGAACAGACACAAGCUAGCGAUACAAAGGAGUUGAGCGCAGUACAGAACAUAGGAAAUUUUGAAGAAAAUAAGCUGACUGAAGAUAAAGAUGCAAAAGAGACUAACGUACGGUUUAAUGCAAAUGAUGUUGGACACAAAACACAAACUCCAAAGGAGAUGGCUGCAGCAGAAAGCACAUGUAGCGUUGAAGAGAAACAGCAGCUAAACAUCAUGGUUGGCCAAGAUGGAAGCAACAACAAGCUGAAUGAAGAGAUUGCAUCGACAGGCGCCAAGCUGAAUUCAGGAAGAGUUCGUGUCCCGCUGAAGGUCCUCCUCGCCGAGGCAAGCAUGGAGAACCAAGUGAAAAAACCCAGCACCAAGGAACGAGUGCUGUCGUUUCGGCGCCGGGUGACCAAGGACAGCAACUUGUCAGUGAAAUCAGGGUCACCCAAAUCUGGCUCUGACGACCAUCAUUGGAGCUCCCCAGCCAAACUGCCUCAUAAGGACGUUGACAAGAGUUCCAAAGAAAAGAAGCAGCCGUGGAUGCCGUUUAUCUGCUGCCACUCCGUGCGCUGAUGGCGUCUUCUCUCCAGAUAAUAUAUUGCAUCAGCCGACAACUCUACAUGUGCUGCUGUAACUAAUGCUAUCCGUCUUUGUGUAGAUAGUCUGUGCAAUCAAAUGGUUUGAUAUAUAAUCUAGUAUAAGAUUUGAAUCAGUGCAAUUUUGAUGUAUCCACUACCUGAUUUGUUAGACAUUUGCGCAUGAAUCUGUCUUCAUGUUCAGAUUCUGCUAGUGUUUCUGUGGACUGAACAGGCCUGGAAUCUUUACCGGAUUAAGCUCAGUGUAGCCUGCUGGUAAUUUUGCGCCAACGAAAAGAAGCAAAGUGAAAUUAACGAUA